GCUUGACUUCCGCAGUGCACGCUGCGCCAGCAGGACAUUUUUUCCUGGUUUGGGGGCAAGGUCUCAUGGGAAAGGUCAUGUCUCUCGAGGAAAGGUUAUAAACCCUUUGAUAUGAGGGUUGGGCGAGAAACAGAGCCUGUUGCGUUCCGUGUUGGGACCGGGAAUAACCCUGACUUCUGAGCCUUCAUAACCCCAGGAUACUCCAGAAAAUUUGCGGCGAGCUGAGGGAAAACCUUGCUGGCAAGUCGGGACAGUGUCGCAGCGGCUGUUUUUCUUUUCCCACCCAGCACGUUUUCGGGCUGGCGACAGAGGGUUCGGUGGAGAUACAGAGGCUCCCUUAGGGAUAUUGGGUUCUCCGAAGUGCGGAUGGACUAGGGCUGGGCUGAGACCACAUUCUUUCAGUCAUUCAGCUCUCCUGUAUGCCCGGCGCAGAGGAUACCCCUUAUGGUCCCAAGGCCCCUCCUGUAGUUAAGUUCCUUCCUUAAAAAGUCAUUCAGCUGGGGCGAAACUGGGGACUCGACACCUUUCUAUGCUAACCUUUGAGCUGCCUCCACUUUGAGCAGCUCAGUGGAUGGAUAUAGUAUCUUGAGAAAACCUUUGAUUUGUGCAGGGAUUUCUUAUGCGGGUGUGUGCAGGUCAGCUUAGGUCAGGAUGAUGUACUGCUUGCCACAAAAUAGCCUGUGCUGUCGCGUCGUUUUUUUCUUGUGAACAGACUGUUUGGCAUAGCCGUGGAGAGGAGUCUGAGACAUGCUUUUAGUGAUACAGUGUUGAUUUGUUGGUGUAAUGAGGCCGUUCAAGUGGAAAGAACUGGGUUGUAGUCCCUGCUUCACUAGUACUAGCACAAUUUUUUAAACCUUUUUGAACCUGCUUUUCCUUAUCUGUAAAAUGGAAAUAAUAUCGACCUGGAAGAUUUGCUGAGGGAAUUUAAUGAGAUAAUGUGUUUCAAACGUUCUUUGUAAAUGGUAACAUGUUGCAGAAGUAUGAGUUUAUAUGACUUUAGUCCCCGCUUUUCUAAGCAUUACUUCUCAAUUAUAAAUAAGCUGUAUAUUGGAAUGGGUUUACAGUCAUCGUAAUGGAAGCAAAAUACAUGAAGGAAAAACAGUUCUUUGUAUCCCUGCUUAUUGCACCUGACGACUAGUUGCAGAUGGUUUUGUUUACCUAAGAAAACUUGUGAUGUAAAUGAAAAAAACACCUGUUUUCCUAGACUCAUUGGUUACAGAUAUGCUUCGUCUAAGAGCUAUUUGUCCAUUCUCCUGGAGAGUAUUUCAAUUUCGACCCCUCAGUUGUGAACCACUGAUUAUUCAGAUGAAUAAGUGUACAGAUGAGGAGCAAAUAUUUGAUUUUAUUGAAAGAAACAAAGCCAUACUUUCAGAAACGCAAGUGGGAUGUGCGUUUGAUAUGCUUUGGAAGCUUCAAAAGCAGAAGACCAGCCUGUUAAAAAAUGUUGAGGAUGUCAGAGACCAUCCUCAAUUUCUUACUCUUCAUAAUUUAGCUACAAAUAAAUUCAAAUUAAUGAAUGACGAUACCCUGGUGAAUGUGUUACACAUCACACAACGGUUUGCUGGUGAGUCCCACGACCCACUAGUUGAAGCACUAGUUACAGAAGCAUGGAGAAGGUUAGAAAGGUUUGACAUUAAACUGCUCUCAGAAUUUUCCUCUUGCCUAGCAGAUCAGCGUUUGUAUUUUAGUCCAUUAAUGGGAAAAAUAGCUGAUAUUGUUCAUAGGAACUUGGAAACCACACAGGACUUAAGUUCCUUGUCUGUCUUGAUGGUCAACAUAUCUUCUUUAAUAUCACGACAUUUUCAACAACAACUGGUGAACAAAACAGAACUUCUUUUUGACACCAUAGAUUCUUCUGAGGUCAACGUUGCAACAAGAAUAACACGGUUUCUUCGAAAUAUUAAAUAUUGUUAUCAACCAUUAUUAGAAAAGUGUAAUAACGUGUUUUUAAGUAACGUGGACCAACUUGAUUUGGAUUCCAUCAGUAAAAUACUUAGUCUAUACAAGUUUCUACAGUUUAAUAGUUUUGAAUUUAUUAUGAUGGCUAAAAAGAAGCUAACUGAAAUGAUUCCUCUGUGUAAUCAUCCUGCUAGCUUUGUAAAAUUGUUUGUAACAUUGGGACCCAUUGCAGGACCUGAAGAAAAGAAACAACUUAAAUCAACUUUGUUAUUGAUGUCAGAGGACCUAACUGGUGAGCAAGCCCUGGCAGUGUUGAGAGCAAUGGAAGAUAUGGAAAGCAGAAAUUCACAUCUGAUUAAAAGAGUUACUUCAGUUCUGCAUAAACAUUUGGAUAGCUAUAAACCAUUAGAGUUGUUGAAGAUAACUCAAGCACUGCCUUUUCUGCAUUUCCAAAGGAAGGAGUUUUCUGCAAAACUUAGAGAAUUACUGCUUAGUUAUUUGAAAAUUAGUUUCAUACCAACUGAGGUGUCCAUUCUGGUGUGUGCUAUUUCCCUGCUCCCUUCUCCUCACUUGGACGAAGUGGGGAUAUCCCGAAUUGAAGCCGUUUUACCACAGUGUAACCUAAAUAACCUGAGUAGUUUUGCUACAUCUGUUUUAAGAUGGAUUCAGUAUGAUCACAUGUAUUUGGAUAGUAUUACUGGGAAACAACUGAAACUACUUCAAAAAUUAGAUCACUAUGGUCGUCAGAGACUACAACACAGCAACAGUUUGGAUCUGUUAUGGGAGGAACUUAAAUCUGUCAGAGGAAUCACGUUUCCUGAGUCACUUCUUGAAGAAACGAUUGCUACUUUACAGCAUUUCGUGGAUGAAAUUAAUUACAUAAAUGUUGUGGAGAUUGCAUCUUUUAUUUCUAAUACUGAUUACCUCAGUACUUUGCUACUUGAUAGGAUAGCCUCAGUGACUAUUCAGCAGAUUGAAAAGAUCCAUCCUUUUACAAUCCUUGCUAUUAUUCUUCCAUUCAGCACUUUGAACUAUGAUCCACCUCAAAGGGAUGAAUUUUUUGGAACUUGCGUGCAACAUCUUAAUUCUUAUUUAGGUAUAUUGGAUCCUCUUAUGUUAGUGUGUCUUGGUUUCUCUUUGGCCACACUUCAAUAUUUUCCAGAAGAUCUGCUAAAGUCAAUUUUUAACAUCAAAUUCUUAUCUAGAUUGGAUUCUCAACUUGAAAUUUUAUCUUCAUCUCUAAGUGCAAGAGUCCAGUUUCAUCUUAUGGAGUUAAAUAGAUCAAUCUGCUUGGAAUGCCCUGAGUUUCAGAUUCCAUGGUUUCAUGAUCGCUUCUGUCAACAAUAUAAUAAAGGUAUUGGCGGCAUGAAUGGAGCACAACAGCAGAUUUAUAAAAUGUUAGCAGAGGUACUAGGAGGAAUCAAUUGUGUAAAAGCCUCGGUUCUUACGCCUUAUUACCACACAGUAGAUUUUGAGUGUAUCUUGGAUAAAAGAAAAAAACCUCUUCCAUAUGGAAGCCAUAAUACAGCAUUGGGACAGCUACCAGAAAUGCCCUGGGAAUCAAAUACUGAAACAGUUGGAUCAAGGCUGCCACCAGGGGCUGAAAGGAUUGCUUUGGAAUUUUUGGAUUCAAAAUCAUUUUGUAGAAAUAUCCCUCACAUGAAAGGAAAAUUUGCUAUGAAAAAACGACAUUUGGAAAUUCUGGGGUAUCGUGUAAUUCAGAUUUCUCAGUUCGAAUGGAACUCUAUGGCACUGUCAACAAAGGAUGCUCGAAUGGACUACCUGAGAGAACGUAUAUUUGGAGAAGUCAAGUCAUGACUGUAGUUUUUAUUCAAAAUGAAUGUUACCAUUUGUCACAUCUGGACUUAUUUUAAUUAAGUGGCCUGUCUCAAUAAAAAAAAUAAUAGGUACAAAUGUC